AUGAUGGCUACUCUACUCCCUCUCUGGCUUAAGGCUGACGAUGUGCCAGAGCCACAUCCCCCCAAUUGGCGCAUGGAUCGAGUUUUUCGCCCUGUCUGGACGGAUGAAACGAAUACUGAAGGUGCCAUGACCUUCAUACCGCUUCUCAAACGCAUCAACCGUUCUCACCGUGGGCUGGAGGACAAUCAUAGACAUGGUCGAUUCAAGGCUCACCCUGCACUGCAACGGACGUUGGAUACACCAGGACCUUUGACGCUGGAGGGUGACCUUGCCGAGCGAAUAAACAAGAUCGCCAUCACCCAGUCAGAGAACGGAUCCUUCGAACUGGCCAGCACAAGGACUUUUCAUCAGGCUGUGUUCUCUAAGGCCUACCAGCCCCCAACACCACCACCCUAUCACCCACCGAUGAUCGCACCCCCAUCACCACUCACGCCCCUAUUCUUUCCUAACUCGGACCCCCUCGAACCCCGCAACGACGUCCCCCUGUUCCUGCUGAUCGGUGUCAUCCUGGCUACCAUCUGGCGAUAUUACUUUGUUUUCGUCAUGGAGGACCAAGCGUUUGACCCCCGCAUCGUCCUUCCUGCUGUAGACCUGGCGAUCACCCAAGCCCAUGCUCAGCUGGCAGAGAAGAAGCGCCAGAGCGAGGAACGCCAACCCCCUCCCACGGCCGAGCCGCCUCCGACCGGCACCAACCAUCCUAUCUAA